AUGAACGCGCCGCCGCGCCCACCCUCGCCGGCGGCGACACCCCUGCAGUCAUGCGCCGCCACCACGUCGUCAGAUGUCGAUGUGGCCGCCAACGCGCGGAAGGAAGAAACGCGGGGCCGACUGCUCCUCCACGCCGCCAUUGACGGGAACCUCGACCUCCUCGCCAGGAUGGCGGUGGACUUGGAGGCGACGACGCGGCGCGGCGGGGCCGGCGUCUGGUCGACGUGCGGCCCCCAGGCGCUGCGCCUGGCCGCGGCCAACGGCCGGACGGUUGUCUGCCGGUACCUCGUCGAGCACCUUGCCGUCCCCGUCGACGCACCCUCCUCCUCCGGCGAGACGCCUCUGCUCCUGGCGGCCACGUCCGGGCACACCGCGACGGCGGCCUACCUCCUCGACCGCGGCGCCGACCCGCGCACCGCGGAGAACGACGGCGAGACCCCGCUCCACUGGGCCGCCUACAACGGGGAUCGCGAGCUGGCGAUGCUGCUCCUGUCGAGAGGCGCCGACGUGGGCGCGGCCAAUCCCAGGGGCACGGCGCUGCACGUCGCUGCGGCGCAGGCGCACCCGGCCGUCGUCGCCCUCCUGUUGCACCACGGUGCCGAUCCGAACAAGGUUGCGAAUCGCAUCUUCACGCCGUUGGUCUCCGCGCUUCUCGGCGGCUCUUUGGAAUGCAUGAAGCUGCUCAUUCAGGCUGGUGGGGACGUCAAUUCCGGGGGACUCCAUGGAGCGAAAGCAACCCCUCUGUUGUUAGCAUGCAGCCGCCGCGGCAACAUCCGAUUUAUCAACUGCUUGUUGGAGGCUGGAGCAGACCCCAACUUUCCUGAUGAACUUGGUAGGUUACCUAUAGAAAUCGCCGCGGUUCAUGCUGAACAGGAAGUUGCUGAACUUCUGUUUCCUGUAACUCGCUGUCGACCGGCUCCAACCAUACUAGACUGGAGUAUCGGUGGGAUAGUGAGACAUGUAAACUCUGCUGCUUACAAGGAGUGGGAGAGAAAAGCCUCUCAUAAGAGGAAAGAAGAACUGAAACUGCAAGGAAACUCAGCCUUCAAAAUUGAGGACUACGACGCGGCCGUUCUUUAUUACAGCAUGGCGAUGAAAUUUGAUGAUGGCACAGAUGCCAGCUUAUAUUCAAACAGGAGCAUCUUUUGGCUCCGCCUUGGCAUGGGCGAUGAAGCACUGUCGGACGCGUGUGCCUGCAUCAGGAUGCAGCCUGACUUGGCCAAUGGCUACUACCGUAAAGGAAUGGCCUUGUGUUUUCUUCAGGUGAUCAUCAUGGCACUGGCUAUUCUACUCUUUGUGGCUGUGAACUAG